UGAACCACUCGUGCCCUUCUGUGUGUGUGGUUGUCUCUUUCAGGCAGAGAAUAGAAAAGUUGGGGCAAAGUCUGAGUCAGCUCCAGCAACUACCAGACACUCACAGCAACUCCCUCCAGUGACAGACUUCUUCUCUCUCCUUUUUUUUUUUUUGUACUGCUCUCUCACUCAGUCAUUCACUCUCUCCCUUUUUCACACACACACCACCAUUCACUUCUGGCAGAGGGAAGACAGGACCACAGGAGAACUGUUACACACCUUUACUCCCAGUUAUUCACAUAGCCAUCGCCAGACGCUUUUCCCAGGAUGUGGACACUUCUUUUGGGGGUCACCUUCGGAUUACUGGCCUCCUCCAGGACCGAACAACUUCAAGUGAAUUCCCGCAGCUGCAGCUAUGCUGGGGUAUUUCUGGCUGAGGGGGAGAGCCGUCACACUCUGGGAUUUGAAAUGGCUGUAAAGUUGUGUAAGCAGCUUCAGAGCAUCUUGGCGAGUCAAGAACAAGUCCAGAAUGCCUUUCAUAAGGACAUGGAGACAUGCAGGAACGGCUGGACCAGCAAUGCGAGCAUUGCCAUCCUCAGACACUCGCCCCAUGAAAAAUGUGCAAAGAACAUGACUGGUCUCAUUACUAAUCCAAAUGUACAGGCUGAUGAACCUUAUGAUGCCUACUGCUUUGAUGAAACAGAUGGGCCUGACAAGAACUGCACAAAAAUGUUUGUAUUAAAACCACAAGCUGAGGAGUCAACAACAGAAGGCCUGGGGGAGACGGCUCAAACAGCACAACCUGUGGAUGCUUCUGGCAGUGGGGGCGGGGACCCCACAGUAACCCCUGGGGAAGAUGAUCUUAGUGAGGGGAUUGAAACAACUACUAGUCCAUACGAGACAGAGGCUCCAACAGAGGGCCCCACUACGGAAGAGACCAGCGAUAUUACUUUCCCUCCCAGUGUAGAGCUGCCUGGAUCUGAUAUGAUACCUGAGGGGGAAGACAACUCUCGUACAGCCCCUUCUGGAGAUCCUACUGUUACACAAGUGCCCACUGAAGAGGGGCAUGAUGGAGAGCAUGCCAGAACAGAAUUUCCACCAGCACAACCAAACCCUAAUGGCAAAGGACGGGUGCUGGGUCCUGCUCAGACUGAGCAAGGUGACGAGCCGGGCAAAGAUUCAUCAAACUGGCUGGUUAUCCUUGUAGUGGUUGUUGCAGUUGGUGCUAUUCUUCUCAUAUGCGCAGCUGUUGCAACAAGAAAGAGCUGGUGUGGCCACAAGCAGACCCUGAUGAUCACCUCCAAAGAUGCCGGUGAGGGAAACGGUGCUUCAGCAAUAGCAUCUAGCUCCCAAGCCCAGGAGAGAGAACAGGAGAUGGUGACCCUGAUGAACAAGGAGAAGAUCACGGAGAACGGCAACACGGAGGAGUUCACCGUCAUCAAGCUAGAGGAGUCGCCAGAUAAAGAACAGCUGGCGUGAGAGAGUGUAGAAGCAGACAGGGAAGACUAGGUGAGGAUAGGGAGGGAAAGUGAGGAGAUGGACGGGAUAUUGGAGGGGAGGGGGGGGGGCUUCAAACACUGGGGUUGAAACUGCUUUGGUGGCCAGCACUGGAUGGACACUGAGAAAUGGUGUCUGAUAUUUAGAAAUAUGGUACAAUGAAUGUGCAGCAUUUUGUGUGUCUGGUGUGCCAGGUUAGUGAGGACUGAAUGGCGGUUUCGGAUCAACAUUCAUUCUGGGGUAUCAUGCAUUGGUGCAUAGCAGGGUGUGUGAAUGUGUUCUAUGUCUCUGUGUUUAAUGAGGGGAUGGGUUUUAAAGGGAGGGGGUGGUGAGGGUUUGUGAAAAACGAAUUGUUGACAAAUUAUUCUCUUUUUUAUGGAAUUGGUUGUUCCUAAAUGAUAUGGCCUUUAGCCUUAAUGGGAAAUGGAAGUUGAUCAUUUUGUUUGAGAUACUGCAAAUAGCAAAAACAUCAUUUUGAGCAAAAAAACCUGUGGUGUUUUAUUUCUUUGAUUUAUUUACUUAUUGUUGUAACCCUGUGUAUAUUUCAGCUGUGCCUGUGGACAAUUUUUUUUGGGGGGGAUGGGGAUGUCACCACCUUAAUUUAUGCAGCUUUUACUCCCUGUUCCUUGCUCUCUGUAUAUAAAGUAUACUGUAUGUGUUGCCUUAGCAAUAGCCACCAGUGCUUUUUGUUGUUUGGUAGAAAAGAGGCAUUGUAUCCCAUUCAAUAAAGGUUGUGUCAUGUUUUGAGGAUUAUUUAAAUAAAAAACAGUACCUCAGAGAUAAACAAUUGUCAAUAGAUUUUUGCAAUAGUCAAAGUGGAGUGGAUAUUGUAUGAAUCAACAGGAGCAUCCAAACUGUACAACAGAUGCACCAUGUAAGUUAAUAUAUAAUAAUUUAUUUGGGUUGGAAAUACGAUGGAGUGAAGUCCCUAGUGUUAUCCUGAGGAUAAGUAGAGUGAUGAUGAUAUACUGUAUGCAUACUAUAUACACAGUGUGUACAUUGAUUAAGGGAAAAAGAAAGAGGCAAAAUAAAUAACUGGAUGAAUUAAUCAUUUUUUGAAUGCAGGAUACAAAUUAAACCGUCACAAAUUGAGUGACAGUGGCCUAGCUUUAGAUGCUAAAUUGCAUGGCACAUAUGAUAAUGGGGGGCCCAUGAGCUGUAAAACAUAGCAAUGUAAAGGUUCCUUCAUGAGAAAGGGGCUUUGACAGCAUCGUCUGUGUGCUCCUGUGGGGGAGGAAUUAGAUGAAUGAAGCUUGUGUGCUUGCCCAUGCCUCAGUGUGACAGUCUUUGUACAUUUUACACAUGUAAACAAAAUGCUGCAGUUUUUCUACUGACCAUCUUAUCGAUGCAAUAUUUCAUUCAUUUUGUCAUAUCGCUAUUAUUCCUUUUAUGACUGCUAAUUCUUCCUGGUUUCAGUAUGAAAAUGCUGCAUUACAUGAAACGUGUUUUUAGAAAUAUCUUUCUGACUUGUUUUUUUCCUGCUUUUAGUCUUUGAUUUGUUUUGAAGAGAAGUAGCAAAUGUACUAGUGUAGGCAGGUUUUUAAAAUGAACUAAAGUUGUCGCUGUAAAGAUUUGUAAAGUCAUGGAUAAAAAUAAAUGUGUAUAGAAAAACA